UGCAAAUUGCUUAGUCAUCGGGGCACAUAUACACGAAUGUAAGCAAUUACAUAAACAAACCCUGGGGUUAAAGUCCUCCUUUCUUUUGGGACAGAAAGUGUCGGCAUAAUAUGCUGGUCUGAGAAUCGUCUGUUGCCCUAAGAAGAGAAUUGGGAUUUCCAUCAAAUAUUGUGAUCUAACAGACUGCACUAAGA